AUGGACACCUUCUUUAAAAGGCACUUCAGGAGGAAGGUGUCGUCGUUGGGUUCCCAGCGUGCCAGCGUUGUGUCAGUGCCCACUGGCAAAGCCAGGCGGCGCUCCGUGGUGGGCAUGCCCUCGGCCUCGCUGGCACAGCGCCGCCGCAGGUCCAGUACCCAACUGCAGAGCUUUUCCUGCCUGGGCUCCCCAGACAAGGGCAGCAUGAGCCCCCGGCGUCGCUCCAGCACCACCCCGCCCCACCUCAGCCCCAGGUUUGCUGUCCAGAAGAAGCGCGGGGGCCAGGUGCGCACCAUCGAUACCCAACUCAUGGGCCCCUCCAUGCUACUGGCCAGCCUCAUCCAAGUAAGCGAGGCAGAGGAAGGGAGGCAGAUGGCCCGUGCCGAAGGCUCUGGAUCCGAGUCGCCCUGGGAGGAGCUAAAGGAGGGCUGUGGCAGGGAGGAGACUGUCGCCUCAGGAGCCAGGAAAGCCAUCGCCAAGUCCGGCCUCCAGCACAUGGUAGCCCAGCCGAACCCCACACUAGCCCUGAGGAGUGAAUCAGAGAGGCAGAUCCGCAGCACUGUGGACUGGAGUGAAACUGCAAUCUACGGGGAGCACAUCUGGUUUGAGACCAGCGGCUCUGGGGAUUUCUGCUAUGUGGGGGAACAGAACUGUGUGGCCAAGAUGCUGCAGAAACCUCUGACCAGACGCAAGUGUGCAGCCUGCAAAAUUGUAGUGCAUACGCCCUGCAUAGAACAGCUGGAGAAAAUAAAUUUCCGCUGCAAACCUUCCUUCAGGGAGUCGGGAUCAAGGAACGUUCGGGAGCCCAUAGUCGUCCGGCAUCACUGGGUGCACCGGAGACGCCAGGAAGGGAAGUGCCGGCAGUGCGGAAAGGGUUUCCAGCAGAAGUUUGCCUUUCACAGCAAGGAGAUUGUAGCCAUCAGCUGUUCCUGGUGUAAGCAAGCGUAUCACAGUAAGGUGUCGUGCUUCAUGCUGCAAUGCAUUGAGGAGCCGUGCUCGCUGGGGGCUCAUGCUGCUGUCAUCGUCCCGCCGACCUGGAUUCUGCGGGUCCGGCGCCCCCAGAAUACACUGAAAUCCAGUAAGAAAAAGAAGAGGACGUCGUUCAAGCGGAAAUCCAGCAAAAAGGGGGCGGAGGAGGGGCGAUGGAAACCCUUUGUCAUCAAGCCUACGCCAGCCCCACUCAUGAAGCCCCUGCUGGUGUUUGUGAACCCCAAGAGUGGUGGGAAUCAGGGAGCCAAGAUCAUCCAGUCCUUCAUGUGGUAUCUCAACCCACGACAAGUCUUUGACCUCAACCAGGGCGGCCCCAAAGAGGCGCUGGAGAUGUAUCGGAAAGUGCACAACCUGCGGAUCCUGGCGUGUGGGGGGGAUGGCACGGUGGGGUGGAUCCUCUCCAUCCUGGACCAGUUACGUCUGAAUCCCCCUCCUCCUGUAGCCAUCCUCCCUCUGGGGACAGGGAAUGACCUGGCCAGGACUCUGAACUGGGGCGGCGGUUACACGGACGAGCCCUUGUCAAAGAUCCUCUCUCACGUGGAGGAGGGAAACAUUGUGCAGCUCGACCGCUGGAAUCUCCAGGUGGAGCCAAACUCCGAGGUGAACCCUGAGGAAAAAGACGAGACAGCCACAGACAAGCUUCCCCUCGAUGUCUUCAAUAACUAUUUCAGCCUCGGCUUUGAUGCUCGCGUGACACUUGAGUUCCACGAAUCUCGAGAGGCCAAUCCAGAGAAAUUUAACAGCCGGUUUCGGAAUAAAAUGUUCUAUGCUGGGACGGCGUUUUCCGACUUUCUCACGGGCAGCUCCAAAGACUUAGCGAAGCACGUCAAAGUGGUGUGCGACGAGACAGACCUGACCCCCAAGAUCCAGGACCUGAAGCCCCAGUGCCUUGUCUUUCUGAACAUUCCAAGGUACUGCGCGGGCACCAUGCCCUGGGGUAACCCUGGGGAGCACCAUGACUUCGAGCCCCAGCGCCAUGACGAUGGCUGCAUUGAGGUCAUCGGCUUCACCAUGACAUCCCUGGCUGCCUUGCAGGUGGGUGGACAUGGAGAGCGGCUGCACCAGUGCCGGGAGGUAAUGCUCACCACAUCCAAGGCCAUUCCUAUGCAGGUGGACGGGGAGCCAUGCAAGCUGGCAGCCUCCUGUAUUCACAUUUCCCUGCGCAACCAGGCCAAUAUGGUGCAGAAGACCAAGCGACGCAACUCCAUGCCCCUACUCAAUGACCAGCAACCAGUGCCCGAGCGGCUGCGAAUCCGGGUGAACCGAAUCAGCAUGCAUGACUAUGAGGCACUUCACUACGACAAGGAGAAGCUCAAGGAAGCCUCUGUGCCCCUGGGGAUCAUUGUGGUUCCGGGAGAUAGUGACCUGGAGGUCUGUCGGACCCACAUCGAGAGGCUGCAGGAGGAAGGGGAUGGAGCCAAAUUAAAGACACUUUCAUCCCAGAAGCUGUCUCCCAAGUGGUGUUUCUUAGACUCAACUACAGCUGAUCGGUUUUACAGGAUAGACCGCGCACAGGAGCACCUCAACUACGUGACGGAGAUCUCCCAGGAUGACCUCUUUGUGCUGGACCCGGAGCUGGUGAUCACCCAGACCGUGGGCACCUCGCCCGCCAUGCCUGACCUCGUUGACUCGUCCUCCACACCCGCAGGGCACCAUUUUGCUUUCCCUUCUUCCUCAUCCUCUCCACCCUCCUCACCAGCCCUCAGCUCAGAAGCAGGGGGCUGCCCCUGCCGUGAAGAUAACGCCUUGAUAGCUGCUGCCAAAAGUAAUGAUUUCCAGAAGUUCCGAGAGCUGCACCAGGCAGGAGGGGACCUGAUGAUGCGAGACUCCUCAGGUCAGACCGUGCUGCACCAUGCCGUCAAAUCGGGGAGCAAGGAGAUUGUCAAAUACGUCAUUGAGAAUGCCCCUGCAGAGAUCCUUGAUGCGACAGAAGAAGAGAAUGGCGAGACCAGCUUGCACCAGGCGGCUGCCCUGCGCCAGCGCACUAUCUGCCACUACAUUGUGGAGGCUGGGGCUUCACUCAUGAAAACAGACCUGCAGGGAGACACCCCCAAGCACAGAGCCGAGAAGGCCAACGACCCUGACCUGGCUGCCUACCUCGAAAAUCGACAGCACUACCAGAUGAUCCAGCGGGAGGAUCAGGAGACGGCUGUGUAGUGCUCAGUGUGCCUUACCCCGCGGUCCUGCCAGUGCAGGCAGGACAGAAGGGCGACUACCAUGCUGCGGGUCCGGCCCAGCCCUUCCCGGAUCUCUACUUAGU